GGACGUUGCGCGGCCGCGACGGCUGUGCCCAGCGCCCCCUGGACUGUCAGCGCCUUUCAACGGCGCCUGUUGCGAGCCUGCGAAACUCCGGCCUGCCCGGCCCAGAUUCUUGGAUCCUGAGUAAAGACAACUUUAUCUUUUCAGUUCAUCAUGGCUUCAGUCUCAAGAGAGGUUGCUGCUGGAAGACGUGUCCACUCAAAGGUGAGGUCCACCAAGCUUCUGGAGGUUCUGAAUGCUCUGGAGGAGGGAUCAGGCCACAGCAGGGAGGAGAUUUUCAUUGCACCACCUGACAAUGCUGCAGGGGACUUUACUGAUGAAGACUCUGGUGAUGAAGAUGGACAGCGAGGUGCUCAGCUGCCAGGAAGGGUGCUGCAUGCUUCUGUUGUGUCUGAGGACUCCAGCAAUGGGGAGGAUAAUGACGACUUGGAGCUGCAGCCAGCCAAGAAGAGGCUGACAGCUGUACGAGAGCCUCCGUGCUUUUGGGCCAAGAGAGAUAUUCGACCCAACUUUGGCGACUGGACAGCGUCAGAUCCUCACAUUGAGGAUCUCAAAAAUCAAGAACUCAGUCCCGUAGGCCUCUUUGAGUUGUUUUUUGAUGAAGGGACACUUAAUUUUAUUGUUAAUGAAACCAACCGUUAUGCUUGGCAGAAAAAUGUCAACUUGGGUCUCACAGUCCAGGAACUGAAGUGUGUGCUGGGCAUUUUGAUUUUAAGCGGGUACAUCUCCUAUCCGAGGAGAAGGAUGUUUUGGGAAACUUCCCCUGACUCACAUCAUCGUCUUGUUGCUGAUGCUAUUCGAAGGGACAGAUUUGAGCUCAUUUUCUCCUACCUGCAUUUUGCAGAUAACGAUGACCUGGAUGAAAGCGAUAGGUUUGCUAAGGUCAGGCCGCUCAUUGUCCAGAUGAACUGCAAUUUCCAGAAGCACGCCCCCUUGGAGGAGUUCUAUAGCUUUGGCGAGUCCACAUGUGAGUACUUUGGUUACCGGCGUGUGGAGCCGCUACGCUCAGCGCAGCCCGUGAGGCUAGGUUACAGGAUCUGGUGCGGGACCACCAGCAGGGGCUACCUGGUGUGGUUUGAGCCCUCACAGGGCACGCUGUUCACCAAGCCGGACAGCGGCUUGGAUCUGGGUGGCAGCAUGGUUAUAAAAUUUGCAGAUGCCCUUCAGGAGCGGGGCUCUCUGCCGUAUCAUAUAUUAUUUGACAAGGUUUUUACAAGUGUCAAACUGAUGUCUAUCUUGAGGAAAAAGGGUGUGAAGGCCACAGGAACUGUGUGUGAGUACAGAACUGAGCGCUGCCCCCUCAAAGAUCCCAGAGAGCUGAGGAAAAUGAAGCGAGGCUCCUUCGAUUAUAAGGUAGAUGAGCGCGAGGAGAUCAUCGUGUGCCGCUGGCGCGACAGCGGCGUGGUGGACAUCUGCUCCAACGCCGUGGGCAUAGAGCCGGUGCGGCCGUGUAGCCGCCAUGUGGGGCCUGCAGGGGCGCGGGCGCGGCUGCGCCAGCCGCCGCCACCCCGGCAGCCUUCGCCCGUCCGCCAGCCAUCUCUGGUGAGGCUCUACCAGGAGAAGGCGGGCGGCGUCCGCAGGAUGGACCGGAACCUGGCCAAGUACCGGGUGCGGAUCCGCGGCCUGAAGUGGUACUCGAGCUUCCUCGGGUACGUGGUGGAUGCGGCCCUGCACAACGCCUGGCAGCUGCACCGGCUCCUAUGCCGCGGCGCGCACUCCGACCUGCUGGCCUUCCGCAGGUACGUGGCCCGCGUGUACCUGGAGAGCAACGCCGCUGCCGCCGUCCAGGGCCUGCGCGGCCGGCGGCCCGACACCGAGAGCCGCUUCGACACGGUCGGACACUGGAUCGUCCACCAGGACAAGCGAACACGCUGCGCCCUCUGCCACUCACAGACCAACACCCGCUGUGAGAAGUGCCAGAAGGGUGUCCACGCCAAGUGCUUCCGGGAGUACCACACUCGGUGACACAGCUGGGGCUAAGUGCUUCCCUGAGUACCAUACCUGGUGACACAUCCGCGCCAAGUGCUUCCGGAAGUACCACACUAGGUGGUACCUCCACGCCAAGUGCUUCUGGAAAUACCACACACCGUGACGCAGCUGACGCUCACCUAGCCCUAGUGUGGUGAUAGUGAGGCGAGGACAUAGAGUGUCUGGAGCACUUCUGCCUUGUGUUGGGGAAAAAAAGACCUUAUUUCCUCAGGAUUUGA